CCUGCUCUUUUUGAAACAAAGAGGGAGAUUUUCUUCUUUUGUUAGAACAAAUUUGCAAUUUAAAAGCCAAAGGAAAGCUUCUUUAGAAAGAGAGGAUAUUUUCACUAAUUUUCCGGCCAAAUUUCUCCUUGAGAAGACUGUCGUGUUCCAGCGUUUCUUUGUUUAUAUUAUAAGUGAUUCACGCCAUGAUGGACAAUACAAAACCAUCGAACAAAAGGCCUUUAAAUCUUAUGUUCUUUCUUCAUGCCGUCUCUCUUGUUGUUCUUUUAACGACUGCUAACGACACCAACGAUGAUUUAGGACAAUUUACCAAGUGGCUUCACGACCAUGGUAGUAAAUUCCGUUGUAAUUUCAGUAGCGAGACUGGCAGUGUCGAAGUGAUUGCAGAACGAAGGAUUCACGAUAGGGAGUCAGUGUUCAUGAUACCACAGACUUUACUCAUCAAUUCUACAGUCAUUGACAGUUCUGUUUUAGGCCCAUCUCUUGACUACGUGUCCAUGACAGAAGCCAGUAUUUCAAGGGAAAAAGAUUCGGAAAAACAGAGCAUUAUGCAUCUAUUCCAGCUGGCAAUAUACAUUCUCUAUGGUGUCCACACUAAAGAUGAAUUUUGGUUCCCUUAUUUCAAACUAUUGACGCGAAAGAAUGAAAAGUGCCACAAUCUUUGGAUGUGGACUGACAAGGAACUAGACGAACUUCAAGAUGAAGCAUUAGAAAAAAGAGCCAAGAAAUGGAGAGAAGAAAUUCACAUGCUUGCCUCAAACAUAGCCCCUAAACUGGUCAAAACUGGAGUCUUUCCUGAUGGAAUAUCAGUAGAUGAUCUUAAAAACGGAGUUUGUCUUGCCCAGUCUAGUAGCUUUAAUAUCACUAGUGCAUCAGGUCAACCGGUCAGGACUCUUGUGCCUGUUUUGAACCUAUUUAAAGUAAACCCUGACGUCCAGUGUACUUGGUGGAUGAAAGAUGGUGUACUCAGAUACCGCUACAACACAAAGCCAAUCGAGAAAGGAAAUCAAAUAUUCAUCAACCUCAGCCCUACUGGAGACAGCACGCAAAUGCUCUUUGAAUAUGGAGUGUUUGUCUCAAAAGGCAGCAAGUUUGUUAGUAAUUUGAAGAAAGCCAAUAGCUUACUGCGGAGACGUUUCAUGACGGACUUAAAAAUACGCAAGAAAAUCAAGUAUUCAGACAAAUUUACAUUUAAAUCAGCAGCAUUACCUUACUUCCGGAUAGAAGCGCUCACUGAACCGGAAGUUGAAAAGAUAACAAAAGAGGUUGCAAACAAUGAAAGUUUGCUGUUACCAAUCAAGAAAGUCAUCAAAAGUCCUUCAAUUUACGUAAAAAGCGAUCCUUAUUUCUCGUGUAAAAGUGAAGUGGUAGCCUUGAAUACAUUGGCAGUACAUUUAAGAGAUGAACUUAAAGAUAAACCAACAACCAUUCCUGAGGACGAAAAGAUUAUGUCCAAGACUUUAAAACCACGCCAUGCUUUAGCAGUCUCGUUUAGGUUACGCUUUAAAAAACUAGUAACAAAAUUCCUUGACGCGACAAGUGCUCGUUCAGUUACAACAAAAAAAGAAUGUCUUAGUCGUGAUAAAGAUGAGUUAUAACACAAUCCUAGCAUCAGGUUACGUGACGGACUAAGGCAGUAGAGAUAGGGAAGGAUAAUAAUAGGGCAGAAAUAUGUUAGCCUGACUAUCAAGCCCUAUUGGGUGAAGGGAAUCACGGUACUCAGACUACUAACAUAUUUAUAUCAUGAUAAAUUAUAACACGAAGUCAAGAUAUUGGAGUUAACUUCAAAAUAAAUAAAAUGAAAUACGAAAUGUU